CGGGUCCUGCCUCCAUGUUGUCCGGUUGGAACCUGUUGCUUCUGUCCUGGUAAACUGUGGUAAACUGUGGUAAUCUGUGGUAAAGUGUGGAGACAGCUGACAGAGGGCCAAGAUGUCCAAUGUGUCCUACCACAUCUCCAACCUCCUGGAGAAAAUGACCUCCACUGACAAAGACUUUAGGUUCAUGGCCACUAAUGACCUGAUGCUGGAGCUGCAGAAGGACAGUAUUAAACUGGACGAGGACAGUGAGAGGAAGGUGGUGUCCAUGCUGCUCAAACUGUUAGAGGACAAGAACGGAGAAGUGCAGAACCUGGCAGUCAAAUGUCUGGCUCCUCUGGUGGUGAAGGUGAAGGAGCCUCAGGUGGAGAUGAUGGUGGACAUGCUGUGUUCCAACAUGAUGUCGGACAAAGAGCAGCUCCGAGACAUUUCCAGUAUGGGACUGAAGACGGUGAUCGGGGAGCUGCCGCUGUCGUCACCAGGUGUGUCUAUAACGGCAGGUGUGUGUAAGAAGAUCACCUCCCAGCUGAUUGGUGCGAUGGGAAAACAGGAAGAUGUGUCCGUUCAACUGGAGGCUCUGGACAUCCUGUCAGACAUGUUAAGAAGGCUCAGCGGUGCUCUGGUCAGUUUUCACAGCUCUCUGCUCUCCAGUCUGUUACCUCAGUUAACCAGCCCCAGAAUGGCGGUCAGGAAGCGCUCCAUCCUGGCUCUGGGACACCUGGUGCCCUGCAGUAGCCCCGCCCUCUUCUCCCAGCUGACUGAACACCUGAUGGCCGAGCUGUCCAAGGGUCCAAGCACGUCCAUGAGCAGGACAUACGUCCAGUGUCUGGCAACCAUCAGCCGUCAGGGAGGACAUCGAGUUGGUGAACAUUUAGAGAAGCUGAUCCCCAUGGUGGUGAAGUUCACCAGUGUAGAAGACGACGAGCUCCGAGAAUACUGUUUCCAAGCAUUUGAAGCAUUUAUACGCAGGUGUCCAAAGGAGAUGUCACCGCACAUCACCACGGUAACACAACUUUGCCUCAAGUUCAUGACCUUUGACCCCAACUAUAAUUAUGAUGAUGAUGAAGAGGAGGACAGCAUGGACCUGGAGGACAGACUGGAUGAAGAGUCAGAUGAUGAGUACAGCGAUGACGACGACAUGAGCUGGAAGGUGCGCCGUUCGUCCAUUAAGUGUCUGGAGGCUUUGAUCCACACCCGCAGGGACAUGCUGCUGUCCUUCUACUCGUCCAUUAGCCCGGCUCUGCUCGCUCGCUUCAAGGAACGAGAGGAGAACGUCCGAGCCGACGUGUUCGCAGCCUUUUCAACGCUGCUGAGGCAGACACGAGUGGGAACCAGUCACCACGGUCUGAUUUCCGCCCCUUCAGAUCACCAUGGAAACCAAGGGGAGGAGCCAACGGUGGUCAUGUUGAAGAAACAGGUUCCUGUCAUAGUGAAGGCACUUCAUCGACAGCUGAAGGAGAAGAGUGUGAAGUCCAGACUGGGCUGUUUGUGUUUACUGACUGAACUGACACACACUGUCCCAGGAGCACUGGAGGAGCACAUACCUGCACUGAUACCAGGUAUCAUCUUCUCUCUCACAGAUAAAUCCUCCUCCUCCACCAUCAGGAUCGAUGCUCUGUCUUUCCUCCACGUCCUCCUCCUCUCUCAUCCUCCUCAGGCCUUUCAGCCUCACAUGCAGGUGCUGCUGCCUCCUGUGGUGGCCUGUAUGGAGGACUCCUUCUAUAAGAUCACCUCAGAGGCCCUGCUGGUCACCCAGCAGCUGGUCAGAGUCAUGAGGCCCCUGGAGCCCACCACCACCACAGGGGGGGGGUUCGACCCCAAACCAUUUGUCAAACAGGUGUUUUCUCCGACUCUAAAAAGGCUCAAAGCGACAGACAUCGACCAGGAAGUGAAGGAGAGGGCUAUUUCCUGUAUGGGUCACAUGGUGUGUCACCUUGGAGAUCACCUGGGGGCGGAGCUACAAGGUGUUCUCACCGUCUUUCUGGAUCGAAUGAAGAAUGAGAUCACCAGACUGACAGCUGUCCAGACGGUCGCCAUGGUUACCGCCUCUCCAUUAAAGAUCGACCUGUCGUCCAUUCUACCUGAGGUUUUGUCCGUCCUUGGCUCUUUCUUGCGGAAGAACCAGCGGACUCUUAAACUGUCCUCGUUGGCCUGUCUCAGCGCUCUACUGUCUCAUUAUGGGUCCUGUAUUAAACCUGCUGCUCUGGAGGCCGUUCUGACUGAACUACCUGCUCUGGUGGAUGAGACCGACAUGCACGUGUCACAGGUUUCCAUGACAUUGCUGACCUGUGUGGCCAAAGCCUCCCCCUCGUCCCUGGCUAAGAUCAGCUCGUCGGUGCUGCCUGGCGUCUUCAGACUCAUCCAUUCACCGCUGCUGCAGGGGGGUGCGCUGGUAGCCAUACUGGACUUCCUUCAGGCACUGGUACUGUCCAAAUCCACCAACUGUGGAUACAGUCAGUUGCUGAAGUGUCUGACAGAGCCGUUCCACAGGCCGCUGUCGGCUCCAGACUGCGCUGCCGUUCACAGACAGUCCUAUCAGUCUGUGGCUCGCUGUGUGGCUGCCCUGUCCUCUGUCUGUCCAAAGGAGACCCCCAGCACCGUGUCCAGCCUCAUACAGGAGGUGAAAAGUCCCGCCUCCCCAGAGUCAGCCCGGGUCCUGGCUUUGUUGUGUCUGGGGGAGGUGGGGAGGAGCGGCAGUCUGGGAGCCAGUAAGGAGGUGCAGGGAGUCAUCCUGGAGGCCUUCACCUCCACCAGUGAGGAGGUGAAGACGGCAGCGUCCUGCGCUUUAGGCAGCAUGGCGGUGGGCGGGCUCAACGACUACCUACCCUUCCUGCUCAAAGAGAUCUCGGCCCAGCCCAGAAGACAGUACCUGCUCCUGCACUCACUCAAAGAAGUCAUCAGUGCCUGUCCUUCCUCCAGUCUGUCCCCUCAUAUGGAGUCCAUCUGGGCCUUACUGUUUCAGAACUGUCAGUGUCAGGAGGAGGGAACCAGGAACCUGGUGGCUGAAUGUCUGGGAAAACUCACCUUAGUCAACCCUGCACAGCUGUUACCCAGACUGCAACAGCAGCUGAAAGCCAGUUCUCCUCUGGCUCGCAGUACGGUGGUGACAGCUGUGAAGUUCACUAUCGUGGACCACCCGGCCCCUGUGGACGCUCUGCUCAAAGACUGUAUAGGUGACUUCUUAAUAACGCUGCAGGAUGAGGACAUCAACGUCCGCCGUGUUGCCUUGGUGAUGUUCAACUCUGCAGCCCAUAAUAAGCCUGUGCUGAUCCAUGGUCUACUAGGACGUGUACUGCCUCACCUGUACAGAGAAACCCAGAUCAGGAAGGACCUGAUCAGAGAGGUUGAAAUGGGUCCGUUCAAACACACCGUGGAUGACGGCCUGGACGUGCGUAAAGCAGCGUUCGAGUGCAUGUACACUCUACUGGACAGCUGUCUGGACGGACUGGACGUCCUGCAGUUCCUGGAUCAUGUAGAAGAAGGACUGAAAGACCACUAUGACAUCAGGAUGCUAACCUUCCUAAUGUUGGCCAGACUGGCCUCUCUGUGUCCUGCUGCUGUUCUGCAAAGACUGGAGCGCCUGGUAGAACCACUGAGAGCCACCUGCACCACCAAGGUGAAGGCCGGUUCCGUCAAACAGGAGUUUGAGAAGCAGGAGGAGUUGCGGCGCUCGGCCAUGCGUGCCGUGGCGGCGCUGUUGGCCGUUCCUGAGGUGGAGAGGAGCCCCAGCAUGGCUGACUUCGCCAACCAGAUCCGAACCAACGCCGACAUGGCAUCCAUCUACCAGAGUGUCCAGGGGGGGGAGCCUGGGGGGGGUUUAGGACCUGCUGAGAGCAUGGACCUGAGCUAGACCUGCGCCGCUGGGUUCACAUUAGAGCUUUUACAGUCAGAACAAAACAGGUCUGAGUUAGAAAGAAGCGCAACACUGUUAAAAACAGAUCUGUAACUGCACAAACUACAGCACAGAACAGGAGCAGACUGUACACACUGCAUUUGUGAUAAAAAAAACUGUCAUGAAUGAAUUGAUCAGGUGGUCUGAGCUAUCGGAGGUUUUUAUGGCAAAAACGUCUAAUCGAGUUUGAUUUAGUUGAAAUAAAG